UGGCAGCAUUGUCGAACGUUACGACAAACCAGCCAAUGAGAAGCCGGGAAAGGCGUAGGCUGGUGGACUGCAUACAAGCUCGCUACAAAGCAGGCAAACGUUCACUUGCGAUUCGGAACUCAGCGAGGUUGUUUCGCGCUUCAUACUAAGUACCAAAUUUACCAAGACUUUUCACAUUUUUCAUCAAGAUGAGGGAGAUUGUUCACAUUCAGGCCGGACAGUGCGGUAACCAGAUUGGAGCUAAGUUCUGGGAGAUCAUCUCCGACGAACAUGGCAUUGACCCGACUGGCGCCUACCACGGAGAUUCGGACCUUCAGCUGGAAAGAAUCAACGUGUACUACAAUGAGGCCUCCGGUGGCAAGUACGUGCCAAGAGCCAUCUUGGUCGAUUUGGAGCCUGGCACCAUGGACUCGGUGCGAUCGGGCCCCUUCGGUCAGAUCUUCAGACCAGACAACUUUGUGUUCGGACAGAGCGGAGCCGGCAACAACUGGGCCAAGGGACAUUACACAGAGGGCGCCGAGCUUGUCGACUCGGUCCUCGACGUAGUCAGGAAGGAAGCCGAAAGCUGCGAUUGCUUACAGGGAUUCCAGCUGACUCACUCGUUGGGAGGUGGUACCGGAUCAGGAAUGGGAACAUUGCUGAUUUCGAAAAUCCGCGAGGAAUACCCAGACAGAAUCAUGAACACCUACUCCGUUGUGCCCUCACCAAAGGUAUCCGACACAGUUGUCGAGCCAUACAACGCCACCCUCUCCGUUCAUCAGCUCGUCGAAAACACCGAUGAAACCUACUGUAUCGACAACGAAGCCCUAUACGACAUCUGCUUCAGAACGCUCAAACUGUCCACACCCACCUACGGAGAUCUCAACCAUCUGGUCUCGCUGACAAUGUCCGGAGUCACCACUUGUCUGCGAUUCCCCGGUCAGUUGAACGCCGAUCUGAGAAAACUGGCUGUCAACAUGGUUCCCUUCCCCAGACUGCACUUCUUCAUGCCAGGAUUCGCGCCACUGACGUCACGCGGCAGCCAGCAGUACCGCGCACUCACCGUGCCUGAGCUUACCCAACAGAUGUUCGACGCCAAGAACAUGAUGGCUGCCUGCGACCCCCGCCAUGGACGCUACCUCACAGUUGCCGCCAUCUUCAGAGGCCGAAUGUCCAUGAAGGAAGUCGACGAGCAGAUGCUCAACAUCCAGAACAAGAACUCGUCCUACUUCGUCGAAUGGAUCCCCAACAACGUGAAGACCGCCGUGUGCGACAUCCCACCACGUGGUCUCAAGAUGUCUGCCACCUUCAUUGGAAACUCCACCGCUAUCCAGGAGCUGUUCAAGCGCAUCUCAGAGCAGUUCACCGCUAUGUUCAGAAGGAAGGCUUUCUUGCAUUGGUACACUGGCGAGGGCAUGGAUGAGAUGGAAUUCACUGAGGCUGAGUCCAACAUGAACGACUUGGUGUCCGAGUACCAGCAGUACCAGGAAGCCACCGCUGAUGAGGACGCCGAAUUCGACGAAGAACAGGAGGAACAGAUCGAGGACAACUAAGCAGUGCAGCGACAACACGCCAACAGUUUCAAGAAAAACAUUUACCCUGUUUUAUAAUUUCUUGUUCACCGAUCGUUUCACAUUAAUCGAAUGAGUUUAUACUAUAUUGUGUGUAAUAAUGUCUGAUUUCAAGAUACAGAUUCUCUUGUAUAGUAUAUUAAUUAUUAUUUGAAACGAUCGAUGACUGAUUAUGAAACUAAAGACGCGACUAAGUUUCAAGACCUAGUAGUCUACAUUACUUUACAUAGUUUAGUGUGAAUCGUCACAAAGAUUUACCGGUGAUAACCGCAUGUGCUGCAGCUUACCGAGUGAUUAGCUUUUAUUCUGUAUUGCAUAAAGUGGCGUUUAAUUUUGAAAUUUAUUUUUUAUGGUAAACAUUUCUUCUUAAAUCUGUUGUAAACGUUUUUCCUGUAACUGUUAACAGUUAUUUUGUUCGAUACCUGUUUAUUUUCGCCAAAAUUAUUGGAUAUAUUGAUAUAUUUUUUGUAACAUACUUAUGACAUUUUUGUAUUCGUUCCAAAUAAAAAGACAGCCUUUCACAACUUA